UUACACCUCAUCGCCGUCACUGUCUCUUUCCUUUUCGCCCGUUUGCCUCAAGCCGGUCGGGAAGCUCCUCGCCUUUCCCCCGCCUCAGGAUGACCGACUUCAGCGAAGACUUGCCAAGCGUUGGCGGCGGCGAAGCACCCGGUCAGGGAGAACUAUCCGCUCGCGGAGCCCGCAUCGCCGAUGGCGCCACGGGGCUCCUGGACAAAGGCUUCGAUAGGUACCUCGACGACCCUUUCGACGCGGACCAAAACCCUCAGGGCAUUUUGAAUUUUGGAACAAGCGAGAACAAGCUUUGUUUUGAUUUACUACAGGAAAGGCUUUCAAAACCUGACAUGAAUUAUUUGGAGCCUCAUUUACUCCAAUACUCGGAUACCCAAGGCAUUAAAAGCUUCCGAGAAGAAAUAGCCAAAUUUCUUACUGAAUAUGCAAAUGCUUCUGUACCAUUAGAUCCAGAACAAAUUAUUGUGAUGAAUGGCUGCUGCGCUGUCUUUGCAACUCUUUCGACUGUGUUGUGUGAUCCUGGAGAUGGAUAUCUAAUUCCAACUCCAUAUUAUGGUGGCAUAAAUUCCAAAACUUGGCUAUAUGGUGGAAUGCAACCUAUUCAUGUACCAUUAUUCAGUGAGGUAGCUGACAAAGGAAGCCAGCCUUUUCAAUUAACAGUUGAAAAAUUAGAAGCUGCAUACCAGGGAGCCAGGAAAAAGGGCAUCCGAGUCAGAGCAUUAAUCCUGAUCAACCCUCACAAUCCAUUAGGGGACAUUUACCCAGCACAGUUACUGACAGAAUGUCUAGAGUUUGCGCACAGGUAUGAGUUACAUAUAAUAAUGGAUGAAAUUUACAUGCUGUCAGUAUAUGGUAAUACCACAUUUACAAGCAUCCUUAGCUUGAAGAGUUUACCUGAUCCAGAUCGAACCCAUUUUAUGUGGGGAUUUAGCAAGGAUUUUGGCAUGUGUGGUAUUCGAGUUGGAAUAUUAUACACCAGAAAUCAUUACAUCAGGAAAGCAGUUAAUCAGCUUGUGGUUUUUCAUGGAUGUUCUGGCCCUGUACAGCAUGUUCUCCAACAAAUCCUUAAAGACAGAGACUGGCUGGAUAAUGUCUUUUUCCCAAUAAAUAAAAAAAGAUUAAAAGAAGCUCAAAACAUUCUCGUGGAUGGCCUUGCAGAAAUUGGAAUACCUGUUUUAAAAAGCUCAGGAGGGUUAUAUGUGUGGGCUGAUUUCAGGAAGUUUUUAAAAACACAGACAUUUGAAGCUGAAAUCGAUUUAUGGAUGAAGAUUCUUGAUGAAAAACUUCUUAUUAGUCCUGGGAAGACCUUCUGCUGUUAUGAACCUGGAUGGUUUAGAGUAGUUUUCUCAGAUUCUGUAGAUAAGAUUAUUUUGUGCAUUCAGAGACUUCAACAAUUGCUUUGUGAUAAAACGGAUAAACCCAUUACUCUUUGUUCAUCUCCUGAAGGAAACAAAUGUACUGAGUCAGAUGACAAUGUUUCUGCUAAUGUCAUAAAUACAUCAGUGGAUGAUAUGUCAGAGGGUUAUGCACAGCUGAAGAAAAUAGCUGUUUUCUAAAAUCUGGAUUGACAACACAAAUAACCCAUUUUUAUGUAUCAUUUGACUCCCUUUUCUUUUUAUAUAAUCUGAAUAUAGCUUUUACCUUGCAGUUUAUAACCAAUUUAUGGUUAUUAAUUUAAAACCAGGACUAUUACAUCUAGGAAUGAUUAAGAUUUCUCUUAACAGAAGUGUUAACUUAUAUUGGAAAACAACCAACCAUUUCUCAAUGUGUUUCUUUCAGACAGGUUCCAAGGCUUGAAGCAAUGCUUCUACUGGUAAACAACUGGUUGGGAAAAAGUAGGAGGUGUGCUGGUGAACUAUUAACACAUUUC